AUGCUGUGUUCCCAGCUACAGGUGUUACUGGUGGCUCUGUCUGCCUCAGUGUUGCUGGCGAGGGUCAGCGCCGCUCCACACAGAGACAUGCUAACUGAACUACUGAGAGCAGACACAACCAAGGGCAACGAGGUGAGUGGUUGACUCACUGUUGUGUGUCAAUGGCCUAAUUUAUUACUGGUUCUAACAUGUGUCCUUUGUCUUCCUCUUAUCCACUUUCUGAUUGUGGCCGUUGCAUCUAUUUAUGGUAGUAAAAUGUCUCGUCUGUCCACUGUGUUCACAUUGUGAACAGAUAUCCUGGUCCCUUCCUGUAUGCAAAUUAAAUUUAACAGAUAUUCUUUCAAAAUAAUAUGUAUUUAUUUAUUCUGUCAAUGAUUUUACAGGGCGGGAUAAUGGUUUAAAUGGUGUCACUGUCCAGAUCACAGGAGGUUGGUGGCACUUUAAUUGGGGAGGACGGACUCGUGGUAAUGGCUGGAGCGGAAUUAGUGGAAAAGUAUCAAGAUCAAACAUAUGGUUUCCAUGUGUUUGAUGUCAUUCCAUUCGCGCCGUUACAGCCAUUAUUAUGAGCCGUCCCCCCCUCAGCAGACUCCAUUGGAUCCAUCUACACUUCACCUCAGGAGGUGGUCAGAAAGAUCUGAUCACAAUGCGUCUUUUAAACAUCUACAUCUGUCUAAAAAUGUGGGCACAAUCAGAAUGUGGACAAGAUCAAGACAAAGGAUCUUGUAGGUCAAUUGGUAGAGCAUGGCGCUUGUAACGCCAGGGUAGUGGGUUCGAUCCCCGGGAACACCCAUAUGUAAAAAUGUAUGCACGCAUGACUGUAAGUCGCUUUGGAUAAAAGCGUCUGCUAAAUGGCAUAUUAUUAUUAUUAUGUUAGACCCACAUAAAUGGAGCUAAUGUUUGUAUUAAUUCUUGAAAGAUAUUCUGUAAUAUUCAACUCAAAAGUCAUACAAUUUCAAGAGGACUAGUCAUAUUAAAUGACCAAAACUUCUACUUGUAUAUGUUAAAUUAUUUGAUGAUUUAAUUAGGCUUCUGAUGUUGUUUUGGUCCUAGAAUAACUGACAGAAGUGGUCCAUGACAACCAUAGUGUUAUAGCAACAAAGAAGUUAUAAAAUCCAUGGUAUCAGUUAGGCAGUUCUGUCCCUUUCUUGGAUGUACAAUGAAGUUGUAUUUUAUACUAUUAUAUUCUACUCUGUUCCUAAUAGGAUCUCUCCCGCACCCUCCUGCUGAAGAUAAUGUCGGACCUGAUGAACACAGCCGCGGGGGAGAACGAGGUACUACCGGACCUGGAGGAGGCACUCGGAGUGAAGGAGGAGGUGGUGCGCCAGCUACCCCUCUCCCAACGGGAACGCAAGGCAGGAUGCCGGAACUUCUUUUGGAAGACAUUCACAUCGUGUUAGCGCGCCAAGCAGCCUCUCUUCUUUGCAUUGGAUCAUUUGAAGACUUAUUUCUUGCAAUGUCACAAAUGUAAAUGACAGCUACUUAUUUUUUUUGCACUGUUCAUUAUCAAUUAAAAGGCC